UUGAGUGAAGAAAAAGCUAAAAAAAAAAAACACACAUAUCAAAAAUGGUGACCGGAAUUGGAGCCACCGCGCAACAGGUCGCCGGAACGCCGGCCACCACACAGAUACCGCCGGCCGAGCCGGUCAAACGUUCCAGCGAUAAUCGUCGGAGCAAUAAACCGAUCAUGGAAAAAAGGCGCCGUGCUCGUAUUAACAACUGCCUGAACGAGCUUAAAACGCUGAUCCUCGACGCCAUGAAGAAAGACCCCGCUCGUCACUCAAAGUUGGAAAAGGCCGACAUCCUGGAGAUGACGGUGAAGCAUCUGGAAAAUCUGCAGCGUCAACAGAGCGCCAUGUCGCAAGCGACCGACCCGAGCGUAAUGAACAAGUUCAAGGCCGGCUUUAACGAGUGUGCACAGGAGGUGGGCCGCUUUCCGGAGAUUGAUCCGCACGUUAAGCGCCGUCUGUUGCAACAUCUCAGCAACUGCAUCAACGGUGUUAACAAGUCGGAUCUACCGAAGCGCCACCAGCAGCAGCAGCAACAGCACAUCCUGCCCUCACCGCCAAGCUCCCCCGAGCAGCAUCCGCACCCAUACGGACUGGCCGGCCAUCCUGCACCGCUCAGCGCUAUCCAGGCUGGUAAUGGAAGUGUCUAUAUGGCUGGUUCGAGCGUUCAGCUCAUCCCGACCAAGCUACCUAACGGAAGCAUCGCCUUUGUUCUUCCAACAACCGCAGCCCAAACGCUCACCGCCCAAGUGCAGCAACCACCCGUCCCGAUGCUCGUACCGAUCCCGUCCCGUACCGCUUCCACCGGAUCUGCCUCCUCGAGCCAUUCGGGUGCGUCCUCACUGUACGAUCGGGUACCCCGGGAACAUGCUACCUCCUCGCCGUACCACGCACCACCCAGCCCGGCCAAUUCCCACUAUGAACCGAUGGAAUGCCACACGUCCGCCAACGCCUACCACCAUCUCCACCAACAGUCGUCGUCGUCGUCGUCAUCGUCUUCCUCCUCCUCUUCAUCGUUCAGCAGCCCCGACAGUCCGCUGUCGCUCGUCAUGAAGAAACCGUACCACGAUGACGAUGAGGAUCAGGAGAUGAAACAGGAGGACGAUGGCAAACCAUGGCGCCCGUGGUAAAUCGUGCGGUGUGUGGAAAAGAAAGUGUGAGC